AAAACAUUUUUUAAAAGUUACAAUAGACAAAAGUGGAAACCAAAGGAAAAUAAAAAAUAACCUGGAGAGUUCCGGGAGAAGAGCUGGCGAAAGGCUGCCGCGUUCCUUCAUUUCGAUUCUUUCUCACUACCUGAGACUCAACUGUGUGAAAUAUGAGUCGGCAUGUAACAGCAAGGCUCGAUUGGAGUUCAAUACUAGUAGAAGAUGAAGAAUCAGACCAGCCAGUUGGAGCCGUGGUUGACCAGCAGCCCAGGGAUGAACAACCUCAACAAGAGGAGCCACCCACUGAGAGUCAGGAUAUUACACCUGAUGAAGAGAAAGCAGUUGCAGGAGCACCUGAGGUUCAAGGAACUGACCUUGAAGCUGAUCUUCAAGAACUGGCGAAACCAAUGACUGGGGCUGAGGGUGGAGAUGAUCCUGAAGUCAUCGGGCAUGCUUGUGCAAAUCCAGAGCCCAUUGAAAUGCCAGAAACAGGGGAAGGAAAACCAGCCAUUUAAAGGAAGAUGAUCUGAAGACACACAGAUUAUUCUUACGUUGGAUACUUCACGGUUAAAGUACUCUCAAUAAAGUUUUACAGCAUUAAAAAAAAAAAUAACCUGGAAUA